AUGGCGGGGAAGUGGAGGCAGGACAACCCGUUCGAGGAGGUCGAGAUCGAGGUCAACCCUUUCUCGGUACGUUCCAGAGCUUCCUCUUGCCGCAUAACCCCACUCCCUCCGGAACCAGUUAAUUUCUACAAUGACAUUGGCGCACCAGUAAAUAUGCCUCUUGAUACCAAAAAGGACCUGAAGAAAAAAGAGAAAGAACUUUUGGCUAAAGAGGCUGAGCUGAACAAGAGAGAGCAGGAGAUAAAACGAAGGGAAGAAGCUCUUGAAAGAGCCGGAGUUCGCAUAGAGCCUAAAAAUUGGCCACCAUUCUUCCCCCUCAUUCAUGUGGAUAUUUCAAACGACAUACCUGUGCACUUGCAGCGAGUGCAAUAUGUUGCAUUUGCAUCGCUCCUAGGUUUGAUUAUAUGCCUCUUCUGGAACUUCAUAUGUGUUACUGCUGUCUGGAUUAUAGGCGACGGCCCUAAGAUCUGGUUCCUGGCAAUCAUAUAUUUCGUUACUGGAGUUCCAGGUGCCUAUUAUUGUUGGUACCGACCUCUAUAUCGUGCGAUGAGGAAAGAGAGUGCGUUCAGAUACGGAUGGUUCUUCAUGUUCUAUUUUUUUCACAUUUGUUUUUGUGUAUUUGCAUCUGUUGCGCCGUCAAUUCUGUUUGUGGGACGUUCACUGGCAGGAAUUUUUCAAGCACUCAGCGUAAUAACGUACAGCGCUACGGUUGGGAUAUUCUACUUCAUUGGUUUCACCUUGUUUGUCCUGGAAGCGUUGCUGAGCAUAUGGGUCAUGCAGAAAGUAUACUGGUAUUUCCGCGGAAGCGGGAAGGAGGCGGAGAUGAGGCCUGAUGCGGCAUCGCGCCGUCCACCCUUUUGA